UUCCUAAAACAUCCAGAGUUAAAACGAAGUACGCAAAGGCACUUACUUAUCCGAAUACGAAGAGAAGAGAAGAGAAGGAAGUUGGUCUUCGUCACCAAUGGCUGCACCAACAAACCCAUAGCCGAGAAUGUAACAGCAGCAUUCCAUGGCCUCACAUUGCUUCCUUCGUUAUCCUUCCCCUAACCCCAAAUUCAAAACCCUUCCCAAACCCCCUUACCACCCUUCCGUCUCCUCGCGAAUUCAAACCCCACAACCCGACAACGACAACGACAACGACGCCACCAAUCCCCAAAACGACAACCGCUUUGACUUCCUCAAACUCACCGUAACCCUCACCAUCAUCUCCGCCUCCCUCCCCCAACCCGCCGCCGCUGCUGCCGCCACCAGGGGAAAGAAACGGCCGCCGCGAAAACAAUCCUCCAAAAAACUCGAAGCUCUCUCGCCGGAGGAGCUCCGGACAUGGACUCAGGGCCUCCCCGUGGUCUCCGAUCGCCUUCCCUACAGCGAAAUCCUGGACUUGAGAAAAAACGGGAAGCUGAAGCACAUAAUUAAGCCUAGUUCCGCGAACUUGAGGCUAAGGGGUGAAGCAGUUCUCGUGGUUUUGGACGAUUCGAGAGUGUUGAGGACAGUGCUGCCUUCGUUUGAGAGCCAUAGCAUGUUUUGGGAUUCAUGGGAUGAGUUGAAGAUUGAUUCAUUGUGUGUGAAUGCGUACACGCCACCCAUUAAGAGGCCAGAGUGGCCCCCUUCUCUUUUGUCCAUGAUUUGGGUGCCCCCUUUUGUGAAGAAUUUCUUUGUUAACAUUUUUGAAGAUAGGGAGAGAAAGCCCAAGAAGGAGUCCAGGAAGAUCGCAGAGUAUAGGCAAAUGAGGAUGGAUUUGAAGAGGGAGAAGGAAGAAGAGAUGAGGAGGUUGAGGGAAGAGAGGGAGACCAUGGAGAGGAACAUGAGGAUUCAGAAGAAGGAGGAGGAGAGGAAAAGGAAGAAGGAGAUGAGGAAGCGGAAGUACCAGGAAUCGUUGCGCCAGGCGAGUGAGCGUUACGAGAGAAUGGCGUAUUUUUGGUCGGAUUUGGCCAACAAUAGCAAUGUGGCUAAUGCACUUGGGGUGCUUUUCUUCUACAUUUUUUAUAGGACUGUGGUGCUUAGUUAUAGGAAGCAGAAGAAGGACUACGAGGAUAGGCUCAAGAUUGAGAGGGCUGAGGCUGAAGAGAGGAGGAAGAUGAGGGAGUUGGAGAGGGAGAUGGAGGGGAUUGAAGGUGAUGAUGAGGAGAGUGAGCAGGGGAAAGGGGAGGAGAAUGCUUAUUUGAAAAUGGCAAAGCAGUUUAUGAAAUCGGGAGCGCGUGUGAGGAGAGCGCAGAACAAAAGGCUUCCUCAGUAUCUAGAGAGAGGAGUGGAUGUCAAGUUUAGUGAUGUUGCUGGGCUGGGUAAAAUUCGACUUGAACUCGAGGAGAUUGUCAAGUUCUUUACUCAUGGAGAGAUGUACCGAAGGAGGGGAGUGAAAAUUCCAGGUGGCAUACUUCUUUGUGGCCCCCCUGGAGUGGGAAAGACAUUGCUGGCAAAAGCAGUGGCUGGCGAGGCAGGGGUUAAUUUCUUCUCUAUUUCUGCUUCACAGUUUGUGGAGAUAUAUGUCGGUGUUGGGGCUUCUCGUGUUCGAGCACUUUACCAAGAAGCCAGGGAAAAUGCUCCAUCUGUUGUCUUCAUUGAUGAGCUGGAUGCUGUGGGAAGGGAGCGUGGCUUGAUUAAAGGUUCAGGUGGACAGGAACGUGAUGCUACUCUUAAUCAGCUCCUGGUGUGCUUAGAUGGGUUUGAAGGAAGGGGAGAGGUGAUCACUAUUGCAUCCACUAACCGACCAGACAUUCUGGAUCCUGCACUAGUGAGACCUGGCAGGUUUGAUCGGAAAAUAUAUAUUCCCAAACCUGGCCUCAUUGGCCGCAUAGAAAUUCUAAAGGUCCAUGCUCGUAAAAAGCCAAUGGCUGAAGAUGUUGAUUACAUGGCUGUAGCUAGUAUGACUGAUGGAAUGGUUGGUGCAGAGUUAGCCAACAUAGUUGAGGUUGCUGCAAUCAAUAUGAUGCGUGACUCAAGGACCGAGAUUACUACUGAUGACUUAUUGCAAGCUGCACAAAUGGAAGAAAGAGGAAUGCUAGAUAGAAAGGAGAGAAGCAGAGAGACAUGGAAGCAAGUCGCCAUAAAUGAAGCUGCAAUGGCUGUUGUGGCUGUGAACUUUCCUGAUCUUAAAAAUAUAGAGUUUGUCACAAUUGCCCCUAGAGCUGGUAGGGAAUUGGGUUAUGUUCGAGUGAAGAUGGAUUCAGUAAAAUUUAAUGAAGGAAUGCUCACUCGACAAUCCCUUCUUGAUCAUAUUACUGUUCAACUAGCUCCCCGUGCGGCUGAUGAACUUUGGUUUGGGAGUGAUCAGUUGAGUACAAUAUGGGCUGAAACUGCAGACAAUGCUAGAUCUGCAGCAAGGACAUUUGUUCUUGGUGGGCUUUCCGAGAAGUAUCAUGGAAUAUCCAAUUUCUGGGUGUCAGACCGAAUUAAUGACAUUGAUUCGGAAGCAAUGAGGAUUGUCAACUCGUGUUAUGAACGUGCAAAAGAGAUCCUGGAGCAAAACAGAACGCUGAUGGAUGCUGUGGUGAAUGAACUUGUUGAGAAGAAAAGCUUAACCAAGCAAGAAUUCUUCCGUCUAGUAGAGUUGCAUGGCUCCCUAAAACCAAUGCCUCCAAGCAUACUUGACUUACGAGUUGCCAAGUGUAGCGAAUUCCAAAAAUUGAUUAAUAGUGAAAAGGAAACAAGUUUGAGGAGCCAUGCAUGAGAAAUUGCAGGGGCAAAUGCCCCAUCAAUUUUGAGGAAUAAUUCUACUAUAGGCAUAUUUACUGCACCUUAUUGAUGUAUUAUGUUAUAUUCUUUACCGCAACUCUGAUGGACGCUGUUCCUUGUUUUUCUUCGUUUUGGUGGAAGGCCAUGUUAGAACCUGAAUUAUAAAAAAAAAAAAAAAUGAUGCAUUGGAAUGCUCGA